UUUGGGAGAUUGUUUCGGUGAACGGAGGAGGAAGGAUCCUGGAGUCGGUUGCCUUGGGGCGCUCUCCCUGGAAGAGGCCUGUGACGAUGUUCGGGUUCUUGUCUAAAGGUCUUGCAUUCUUCUGGCGAAAGGCCGACCUUGAAGAGCCCCUGGCGGCCAGAGGUGGUAAAGAAAUAAAAAGAGUAGAAGGUGUUGUAACAAGAUAUUGCCAAGAUUUUGGGAUGAUAGAUGAUUUGAUUUGUUUCACCAGUGACGCUGUGAUGGGAAAUGCGCUAUUGCAAGUUGGACAAAGAGUCAUAGCUCUUGUUGAAGAGGGUAAAACCACUAAUGGAUUAAAGGCCAUCAGGGUAGAUGUUGUUUCAGACAAAUGGGAAUGUGGUAGCAGCAUGCCUCAUUUGGAUGUGGACUUGGAAUCAAAAACAUUGAUUGGCACUAUUACAUCUGCUACUGCAUGUGGUGGCUUCAUCAAUCAAACAACAUCCUUUUCCAAGAAGGAGGUUCUUGAAAAUAAUUACUUUGAACCUUACAAAGGGGAUUGGGUGCAAGCUGAAUAUGUUAUUAACCCAAGAACUUUGAAAAGCGAGGCUGUUUCUGUAAAGCCCUUGAGGUAUAAGAGAGUUGACAAGGUUCUGAUUUCCAGUGUUUGUGGAAGAAUUGGUGUGAUAGAUGACAGUGUAUUUUUCACUCUGGAUUCAUUAAUACUUCCUGAUGGUUAUAUGCCCAAAAGACAUGAUCUGGUCAAUGUGGUUGUUGUGGAGAGUAAUCAGUCAUGUUGUACUUGGAGAGCGCUUUGCAUGACUCCAACUGAAAAUAAUAGGACGUCUUCUGAUAACGGAGUGAACUUGAGUGAGCCAUAUGAAAACUUAUUGAAGGACAAAGGAGGACUCUGUGUGUCAAAACCAACCGAUUUUGGAAUACUGCUACUAGGAGAGAAGAAAAGCAUGGAAGUCUGGAUAGAGAAUAAAGGAGAAGCAACACACUGUUUAAUUAGCUGCAAAUUAGGUGGCUGGGAAAAAGAGAAACAAUUUUGUCUUCAAAUGCCAAGAGAAGACCACAAGAAUUCUUCAACUCCUCUAGCAUCAGCCAUUACACCAAAAGUAGAUCUGAAGAAAAGUGGAAAUGAAGAUAAGUCUAUUAUUGGAACAUCUGGAAACCUAAGCAAUGAAAAAGAAGAAAAAGAAAAUAUAAAAGGAAAAACAGGAUCCAUUACAGAGAUCUCUCUGCCUCCUGGUACAAAGACUUGCAUAGUGAUUUUAUGCACAGCAAAGUAAGUGUACUAUGUAUUGGUAUAAUUUUUUUUGCAAGUUAAGUACAUUAUGAGUAGCCGGAACUCAAAC